AUGAGAACAUGGCUUUCUCUUGUCGCUGUCUUCUCCGUAACCUAUGCAGAGAAAGCAAAGAAGAAUGCCAGCGAGGGCACGGAAAAUCCAUUGGCACACGGAAUAGGCGGCGACAUAGAAUGGGUCAGAUGGGAUGAAGCGAUCCAUGUUGCAAAAGAUCUGAGAAAGCCAAUUAUGCUAAUUAUGCUUAGAUCUCGCUGUAAGUUUUGCAAAAGAUUAAAAAGCAAGAUUGGUACAGCAGCGGAAAGUGACGAAUUUGUAGCACUCUCCAAGAACUUUGUGAUGGUUAAUGUAGAAGAUGGUGAAGUGCCUAGUGAUCCCAAGUACGCUCCGGAUGGAAGAUACGUUCCUCGCAUCUUGUUUUUAGAUUCGGAUGGUGAGCCGCUACUCACUGACAAUCAAAAUCGACGCGCGAAGAAGUAUGUUUAUGCAUUUGUUGCACCUAUUGCUGAUGCAAUGAAGAGAGCUCUGAAGGAGUUUGAAGGAAUUUCAAUGAACAAAACCACCACGACGAGGAGCGGAAUGGCAAUCACACUGAAAACUGAACGACUAAGCGCCCCGAGUAGAACAGAACAUUCACAAUCUUUGGAUAGCACAGGCACAACAACGAAAAUGCAGAUGUCGACCACUCUGAUGAGUAUUUCGAGACCAUUGAUUGGUUUGCUCUAA